AUGAAUUCCAGCCACAGCUUUAGCCAGAUCCACUCCGCCUCCCUCCAUGGCAUUGGAAACAGCUGGGGCCGGCUGAGAAGCUUCCCCCGAGCCCCCAGUGUCCAUGGAGGCGCCGGAGGUGUCCGCAUCUCCCUUUCCAUCACCAAGCCAAGCUGCCUGCCCUCUGGAGGGUCUUGGGGGUCAGGAAGAGGAGGUUCCCUCCUAGGUGGAAAUGGGAAAGUCACCAUGCAAAACCUCAAUGACCGCCUGGCCUCCUACCUGGACAAGGUGCAUGCCCUGGAAGAGGCCAACUUGAAGCUGGAAAGCCAAAUCCUGCAGUGGCACCAGCAGAGAGAUCCAGGCAACAAGAAAGAUUACUCCCACUAUGAGGAAAACAUCAGCCACCUGCAGGAGCAGAUAGUGGGCGGUAAGGCAACCAAUGCUCAGAUCAUUGUCCUCAUUGACAAUGCCAGGAUGGCAGUGGAUGACUUCAGCCUCAAGUAUGAAAAUGAACACUCCUUUAAGAAAGACUUGGAAAUUGAAGUUGAGGGGCUCCGGAAGACCUUGGAUGACCUGACCAUUGUCACGACGGACCUGGAACAGGAGGUGGAGGGAAUGAGGAAAGAGCUCAUCCUCAUGAAGAAGCGCCAUGAGCAGGAAAUGGAGGAGUAUCACAUGCCAAAUGACUUCAAGGUCAAUGUGAAGGUGGACACGACUCCAGGGGAAGAUCUAAUUAAGGUAUUAGAGGACAUGAGGCAGGAAUACGAGCAAAUAAUAAAGAAGAAGCAUCAAGACUUGGACACUUGGUUUAAAGAGCAGUCAGCUGCUGCCAUGUCCCAGGAGGUGGCCAGUUCAACACCUGUGCAGAGUGGCCAAAGUAACAUCCACGAGCUGAAGCGCACUUUCCAGGCCCUAGAGAUUGACCUGCAAACUCAGCGCAACAAGAAAUCCGCUUUGGAAAACAUGUUGUCAGAGACCCAAUCCCGGUACUCCUGUCAGCUCCAGGACGUGCAGCAGCUCAUUGCCCACUAUGAGGAGGAGCUGAUGCAGCUACGCUGUGGCCUAGCGCGUCAGAACAAUGAGUACAACGUGCUCCUGGGCAUCAAAACCCACCUGGAGAAGGAAAUCGCCACCUACCGCCGGCUCCUGGAGGGAGGCAGCACAGGGACAAUGGAAGAAUCUAAGUCAAGCAUGAAAGCAUCUGCAACUUCAACGAUCAAGGCCAUCACACAGGAGAGUAUCAAUGGAAGAAUAGUUCUUUCUCAAGUGAAUGAGAUCCAAAAGCAUGCGUGA